GGCGCACUGCAACCCUGUUUGAGAAAUUUGUGUUUGUCAAAACAAAAUUGAAACUAAAAACUCGCUUAAAUCGUCCCCCAGCGUAAUUUCCCUUGAAUUUCGUGUUAUUCAUGUGUCCGAAUGCCGACGACGGCCCCCCGCGUACCCGUGAACGUUGUACCAUGUGUGCCGCCCCCGUUUGAGUGCCAGCUAAUCGCCUUGGCAGAGUUGCGCGUCUGAACGAAUGAAAAAACUGGACAUGUUUCGCUCGAAGCACUUGUGACUGACGAAAUCUCAAUUAAAAGCGCCGCCAUGCUGCAGUACAAGAGUGCCGCCAGUGCGGCGACCAGUGCGCCCCCAACCACGCCCUCGGCGGCCGGCGGUUCCGCCAAGGCGGCGACACCAAGUGGAGCAAGUGCAGCACCUCCCCAAUCGCAGGCACAGGGUGCUCCCGGGGCACCCACUAUGCAGCAGAUCAUCAACAUCCACCAGAUGCCACCUCAGUUCGCCGGCGGAACGGUUGCCGGUGGCGCCCAGAGCGCUGGGAUGCAGCAGAACAUGUUUCAGAUCGUACAGCCCAUGCCCAUGCAAACGGUCAACAUCGAUGGCCAAGAGGCCAUCUUCAUACCCAACCUCAAUGCCCAAAUGGCCACCGCGCAGGCGGUCAACUUCAACGGGCAGCAGGCUUUCAUCACGCCCAGCGGUCAGAUCCUGCGGGCGCCGCAGGUGGCAGCCAACCCGGUGGCCUCCAACUGCAUCCAGCUGCAGCAGCUCAACGGCCUGGGUCAGGAGCAAACCCAGCUGAUCACCAUACCUGGCACCAAUAUUCAAAUACCCGUCACCAAUCUCAUCCAGCAGCAACAGCAGGUGCAGCAGGUACAGCAAGUGCACCAGGGUGCUGUGCAGCAGCAGGCACAAGGAUCGAAUGCUGCCGGAGGUAAUGCAGCGGGAGGAGCAAAUUCUGGGGCGGCGGGCCAGCUGCCGGGCAGUAUCACCAUCCCGGGAACGAACCUGCAAAUACCCACCUCGGUGGCGGCGGCCAAUGGAUUGCUGGGAAACCUCUCUAACCUGCUGGGCGGCGGGCAAUCCAUUAAGCUGGAGAAUGGACAACUACAGAUGCGUCCCCAACUGGUGCAGUUUCCGGCGCAAGCCGUACCGCAGCAACAGCAAACGGUGGCCGUGCAAAUACCCGUGCAGACGGCCAGCGGACAGACCAUCUACCAGACGGUUCAUGUGCCCGUCCAGGCAGCGGCAACGGCGGGCGGAGGACUACAAAACCUGAUGCAGGCGCAAUCUCUGCAGAUGCCCGCCGCCUCACAGAUGCAAAUCAUCCCGCAGUUUUCACAGAUCGCACAGAUUGUUACGCCCAACGGGCAAAUUCAGCAGGUGCAACUGGCCAUGCCAUAUCCUCAGCUGCCGCCGAAUGCCAACAUCAUACAUAUCCAGAAUCCCCACCAGCAGCAGCAACAAGUGCAGCAACAACAACAACAGCAGGUUCAUCAGCAACAACAGGCGCAGCAGCAGCAACAGGCACAGCAGCAGCAACAACAGCAGGUCCAAGCGCAACAUCAGCAGCUACUGCAGGCCAUCAGUGAUGCCUCGGCGGGUGGACAACUGCCGCCCAAUCAGCCCAUUACCAUCACCAAUGCUCAGGGCCAACAACUGACGGUGAUUCCCGCCCAACUGCGACAGGCUGCGCCUCCCGCUCCUGCGCCCGCUCCGGCAACUGUGCCCACGCCCAUGCAGUUGCCCAAUCUUCAGGCGUUGCCCAUCCAGAAUAUUCCCGGUUUGGGUCAAGUGCAAAUCAUUCACGCCAACCAGUUGCCGCAUCUGCCGGCCAACUUCCAGCAGGUGCUAACCCAAUUGCCCAUGUCGCAGGCUCAGGUGCAAACCCAUGUGACGAACCAGGGCCAAGUGCAGGUGAUGCCCAAGCAAGAGCCGCAGAGUCCGACGCAGAUGAUAACCAGCAUUAAGCAAGAGCCACCGGAUACCUUUGGACCAAUCACCGCCACCUCCAACACUCCGGCCCCCGCCUCCACGCCGAGCACAUCCACACCGCAACAGCAGCAGAUCAAGUUCCUUCAUACGGAGGGCAAUACCCUGUCCAGCCUGAGCAUACCAGCCUCCAUUCAGAUCACGGCCCUGCCACAGCAAGCGACGAAUCCACCGAACACCCAAGCUCCAUCCGUACAGCUGCCGGUAAGAAGUAAAGCCAACGUGGUAAGCACGUCCAGUACUCAGAUUACGAUUGCGCCGACUGGUGGCCAAGUCGUGGCUGUGACCACGCAGGCCAGGGGUGCAACUGCCAGCAUAAGGAGCACGAACAGUGGCACAACGACGAUAACAACGCCGGCCCAGGGCAAUCUGAAUGUGAGCAUCAGUGUGGCGAGUGCAGGUGGAGGCGCAUCGGGAGGCGGUGGAGGAGGAGCGGCAGUUGGAGAGCAGAAACCGCGCCUAAAGCGAGUGGCCUGCACUUGCCCCAACUGCACCGAUGGCGAGAAGCACUCGGACAAGAAGCGCCAACACAUCUGCCACAUCCCCGGCUGCCAGAAGGUUUACGGCAAGACCUCCCAUCUGAGGGCUCACCUCCGCUGGCACACCGGCGAGCGGCCAUUUGUCUGCUCCUGGGUGUUUUGCGGCAAACGCUUCACGCGCUCCGAUGAGCUGCAGCGCCACCGACGGACGCACACGGGCGAGAAGCGGUUCCAGUGCCGCGAGUGCAACAAGAAGUUUAUGCGCAGCGAUCACUUGUCCAAGCACAUCAAGACGCACUUCAAGAGAGGCUCCGGCUUGGAGCUAAUCGAGCUGAGCAUCAAGCAGGAGGGCAAGAGUGGCAACUCGCCCAAGAGCAUCAGCACAAUGGGCGGCAUUGUGACGAUAGAGAUCCCUGGCGGCGGUGCUGCGGCGGCGGGAAGUGGAGCCUCCAGUGUGGCGGCCACGGUUGCGGGCUCAACUGUGGCGCCUGGCGGGGCCACGAUCGUUCAGCUGCCGAAUGUGGAUGCCCAUGGCGGAGGCGACAGUUUCGGCGAGGACGAGGAAGACGAAGAGGAUGAGGAGAUGACCGAAGACGACGACGAUGACGAGCAGCUCGAUGAUUGCGAGGAUGAACUACUGGAUGAUUGCGAGGAUGAGGAGGAUGAUGAGGACGCGGAUCUGGAUAGCGGCGAUGAGGCGAAGAUGACCAUUGCUGUCAGUGAGCCUGGCGACAACUCGUCCAACUAGCAUUCGGAGUCGCUGUUCAUGGAACAGUUCUUGUUUGACCACUUCCCGUAGCACCCACCGCCCCCCUGCCACGCCCCGUGGGACCAUGUAAACUAGCU